CGCCUGCUUCAACAAAAUGUGAAUUCCCAUCACGUUGCUGCUAUAGCAAACAAUCCGCAGUCGCAGCCCUCGACCUCUGUGUGAAAAAUGAAGUUUCGCCGUCCACUAGCCGUCAGCUUCAAGGAGAGCAAUCUCAGCCCCUUGAUCUCACUGUAAAACAUCCACCGUUGCCAUCUGCCCCUGGCGACUACAAACCCCAAUCGCAACCCCUCGAUCUCUGUGUGAAACAUCCACCGCAACCUUCAACUUCCGGCGCAAAGCCUAAGCGAAAGCAUGCUGCUCCGUGUGUAAAUAAUAUUCUUAACCCUCAACCAUCAACAUCGAGACUACAACCAACCGCACCUAUAGUGCCCUGUGUAAAUAAUAUUCUUAACCCUCAACCAUCAACAUCGGGACUACAACCAGCCACAUCUGUAGCGCCCUGUGUAAAUAAUCUUAACUCUGUUACAUUGACCUCUGGUCUGCAACCAUCACCACCGCAAGUUGGUCGUGGAGUUCCUCAUCGCUUCUCUGUGUUGUCAGAGGGUGAGCGGUACAUAAAAAAAUUCAACUUGACAGCCCAGCAACUGAUGAUCAAGUUUAAUAAUGCGGAAGCCAAUGAAGCACCUUUAGAAUGGCUUAAGAAAUCACUGACAGCUCUUAUCAAUUACGUAACUAAGAGGCAUAGUGGGAGUGACCGUAUUGGUAUGAUGCUGACAAAUAGCGAGUUCCCCGACAAUCCUCUUGGUUUCUCGUUCCGUCGUGUAGAUCAGCUGAAUGCUGACGUUAUGCUGAAGACUCUGGAUAAAGUUAUGCAGAGUAACAAGGCGUUCUUCUCCAGCGAUGCACUACGAGUUGAUGUAAGUCUGAUUACCCCACCCAGUGGUAAAGGACGUCAAAGAAUGACCGGGGUCAGCUUCGCGGAGUUCUCACGGCAAAAACGUGGAAUCAUCAUCAUCAACAACGAUGACACUUUGUGCCUCGCUCGAGCCCUCGUAACCGCCAUAGCUUUCCGGACCAACUCCAUAGAGCUACCCUACCUGAAAGUCGGGCAUAGUCUUCAGAAGACUAAGGCUCUUCAACUAUGUGCAGCUGCUGGCGUGGAUUUAUCGGCUGGCGGUACCAUUGAUCACAUACGUCAGUUCCAGGAUCAUCUCACCGACUUCACCAUCGUAGUAUACAAUCACCGUAUGGGAAAAACAGUGUACUUUGAGGGUCCACGAUCUCCACAACGUCAAGUACUGAAUCUGAUAAUGGAAAACGAGCACUACAACGUAAUCACCAGUUUAACGUCAGCGUUCACGUGCGAGUACUUUUGUGAGCUGUGUCGGGUUCGCAUGAGUAAACGACAACAUCAUAAAGACUGUAAGUACAUUUGCCCCUGUUGUCACACUAGUCCUCCGUGCAACAAGGAUGCUCCGAACAUUAAGUGCGAGGUGUGUAACCGUGAUUUCCGCGGCCUUGAGUGCUUUCGUCAUCAUAAAGACCAGGAAUUGUGCGCGAAAGUGCGUCGAUGUCGUACGUGUUUGGUUACGGUGUGGAAGGAGAAAAAGCCACACAAGUGCGGUAUCAAGAAAUGUGUUACAUGUCAAGCUGACCGACCAAUACGCCAUUUGUGCUACAUGGCGAAGAAUACCCCCGAUAAAAAGAAGAUGAACAAAGACUUUGUGUUUGUUUUCUAUGACUUUGAGUGUCGACAAGACGACCAAUUCGAAAAUCGCGCCAACACGUACGUCCACGUUCCCAACUUGUGCGUCGCUCAACAGCUCUGCAAAUCGUGCAUCACAAAUAAUACAGACAUCAACGUCCCUUGUGAUAACUGUGGUCCCCGCGAACAUAUAUUCAAAGAAGACCCCGUGAAUGAACUUUUAAAACUCGUGUCCUCCCUGGCUCGUAAGAAUCGUGACGUCGUGGCUAUCGCUCACAACAGCAAAGGGUACGAUAGUAUCUUCAUCUUGAAGGAAAUGAUGAAAACUCCUUCGGCAUGGAAUCCUGACAUUAUCGCUACGGGUACAAAGAUUACGUCGCUGGCAUGUAACAACAACAUUAGGUUCAUUGACAGUUUGAACUUUAUGCCUGUCCCAUUAAGUGCUCUACCGAAAACGUUCAGUUUCCCUGGGUGUAAAGGACACUUCCCACACUUCUUCAAUACUCUGGAAAAUGCUAAUUACAUUGGCCCACUACCCUCCCCACAUUUUUAUGGAGUCGACGAAAUGUCUGAAAGAAAUCGCGACGAUUUCUUCAAAUGGUACAAUGCAGAAGUGAACCGCAACGCUAUAUUCAAUUUUAAGGAGGAGAUUGUAAAAUAUUGUGUCCAAGACGUCAAUAUCUUACGGCAGGCGUGCGUGGAGUUCUGGCAGAAAUUUUCCGAGGAGAACAAGGUGGACCCCUUCCGCGAGUGUUGCACUAUUGCCUCUGCAUGCAGUCUGGUCUUCCGGAGAAACUUCCUUCAAGAGGAGACGAUCGGCCUCAUUCCACAUGGAGGGAACAGGAUGGCCGAUAAUCAAAGUCGGACAGCCAUCAAAUGGCUGAUUCAUCUACAAACCACUGAUGUUCCCGAUCUUCAACACGCUGGCAACUCUCGAGAAGUUCGCCUAAAGGAGGGAAUCCUUGUCGACGGAUACUCCGCAGCUACGAACACCGUGUACCAGUUUCAUGGUUGCUACUUUCACGGUUGUGAGUCAUGUUACUCCGACCAGACGACACCACUGAAAGGGAACAAGUCUGACACAAUGGCAAUGCGGCGUGAAAAAACCGAAGCCACUUCAUCACGCAUUCGUACUGCAGGCUACAAUUUAAUUGAAAUGUGGGAGUGUGAAUUCCGCACAUAUUUAACAAACAACCCAGAGACCGACGCUUUACUGAAUGGCCAUAAUGUAUUAAGACACGAGCCUCUGAAUCCUCGCGAUGGCUUCUUUGGAGGUCGGACAAAUGCCAUCAAGCUAUACCACAAGGCCGAAGAAGGGGAAGAAAUCAGGUAUUUGGACGUGUGUUCCCUCUACCCCUACGUAAACAAGUAUGGGAAGUAUCCUUUGGGCCAUCCUCGAGUACUUGUUACGCCCGAAGAACUUCACUCCUGCAACUUGAACACCAUAGAGGGCAUGGUUAAGUGCACUGUCCUUCCUCCGCAAAACUUGUAUCAUCCCGUACUACCAUACAGAUGCCAUGGUAAACUUAUGUUCCCGCUAUGCCGUACAUGCUGCGAAACAAUGAAUCAAGGAGAGUGUGAGCACAAUGAUGAUGAGGACCGACGUUUCACUGGCACUUACGUAGCCGACGAACUACGGAAAGCCAUCUCCUUGGGUUAUGUCGUUCAGGAAUUGCACGAAGUAUGGGAGUAUGAGACAACCCAAUACAACCGUGAGUCGAAAACCGGCGGUUUAUUCUCCGGUUAUGUGGACAAUUUCCUGAAAACAAAACAGGAAUGCAGUGGAUGGCCAUCCUGGUGUCUUUCCGAAGAGGCAUGUAUGAAGUAUCUAGCCGACUACAUGGAGCAUGAGGGGAUUCAACUUGAUCGGAGCAAGAUUGAAGUGAACGCUGGUCUCCGCUAUAUCGCCAAACUAUUCCUCAAUUCCUUUUGGGGAAAGUUUGGCCAGCGCGACAAUCUGUCGAAGACGAGCAUCAUCUCGGAGGCUGAAGAAUUCUUCAAGAUGCUCACGGAUCCGUCCAUGGAAGUCAACUCCAUCAUUCCCGUAAACGACGAGACCCUCAUCGUCAACUGGACCCUCCCCGAAGAAGCAGUCGAGCCAUUGAAAACCACAAACGUUGUACUGGCAGCCUACACCACAGCCAAUGCCCGUCUGGUACUAUACGAGUACCUGGAGAAGCUUGGCGAAAGGGUCCUGUAUUUUGACACCGACUCUGUAAUCUUCACGCAGAAAUCCGAAGAAUGGUCACCACCUUGCGGGAGCUUCUUGGGAGAUAUGACCGAUGAAAUCGAGUGUUAUGGACCCGGGAGCCAAAUUGUGGAAUUCGUUAGUGGCGGCCCUAAAAACUAUGCAUACAAGGUGUUUUCGUCCAGUGCGAACACGUAUAGUGUUGUGUGCAAAGUUAAGGGCAUAUCCCUAAACUAUAAGAACAGCCGCGUAGUGAACUUUGAAACAAUCAAAGACGCUGUGUUGAACAAUGCCCCGGAGACUUACGUAGAGACAGAUCGACGUAUAGCUCGCACGUGUACGUACGACGUCAUCUCCAAGCCGGAGAGGAAAAGGUACCGUGUCGAGUACACGAAGCGUCGCCGUUUAGACGUAGGAUACGACACUCUACCAUACGGCUAUAGAACAAAUUAGCUUUAGUUUGUACAUAUUUAGUUUUUAGUUUGUACAUACGUUCCGUGGAUUAGGCCUACAGGGGACACCACGUUAAAAAAAGCGCGCCUCAGCCUU